AUGGAGUCCAUCAAGCAAGGUGCCAACUACAUCGCUGAGACCGUUCAGCAGGCUACCUCUGGUGCUUCUAAGGAGGCCAACAAGGAGGUUGCCAAGGACAGCAACGUCGCCAUCGGUACUCGUGCCACCGCUGCCAAGGAUGCCUUGUCCGACAAGGUCGACGAGAAGGGCCACGAGGGCAAGGCCGAGGUUCACAAGGAGGCUGCUAAGCAGUAA